AUGUCGUCGCCAUCGCGCCGGCAGGGUGGUACGCCCCGUCGGUCUGGUCGCCAGCCCGAGUCCGACACACCGCAGCAGGGCUCCCAGCAGGGCUCGCAGCUGGCCGCCUCGAGUCCCCUCUUCUUCCAGUCGUCCCCGGCACCGACCCCCGACGGCAUCGUGUCCUCGCCGCUGCGGCAGAUGAGCAACAGCCAGAACACCUCCCAGGGCCGCGGUGGUCCCAUGGCUCCCAGCUCGCCUCUCCGCCAGAUGACCGAUUCCCAGGAGACUCCGGUAGACGGUGACAGGACACCGAGGGCCAGCAGGACGCUCGGAGAAUCAUCUCCCAUACGCUACGAGCCCAGCUCCAGCCCGGGUCGCUCCCUGCGAGGCCAGCAGUCAGACCUACGCAGCGAAGCCAGCGGGCUCUUCCUCGGCUCUCAGAGGAGCACAGCCAGGUACAGCCGUGGUGACAUCGGAUCCGACUUUGUGGGAACCUCUCGUCUCCCGUCCCGCCGUGUGCUUGUCAAUGAUGCGGGCCGUGUUGUCCAGGAAGGCGACAUGCCCGGAUCCGAUGCCCCUUCCUUCUCCAACAGAGACCCAAAUACAUCCGAGGCCGAUGCCCUCGGAGGUACCGACAACGCUUUAGUCUGGGGUACGACCAUCUCCGUCCGCGACAACCUGCUCGUCUUCAGGGACUUCCUCCGCAACUUCACCCUCAAGUACCGCCUCUACCGCGACGGCCUGACCGACGAAGAGAUCCGCGAGACACCCCUUGCCGAGACCAAGAUCUAUAUGGAGAGCAUGGAGAACAUGCUGCUCCUGGGAGAGGAGAGGCUCUACCUAGACAUCCGCGACCUGGCCUUGUACCCGCCCACCAAGAAGAUGUACCACCAGCUCCUGGCGUACCCCGUCGACAUGCUGCCCAUCCUCGAUCAGGCUCUCAAGGAUAGCAUGAACGAGCUUGCCGUCGCGGAGGAUAACAGGAACCGUUCUCAGACUGGCGCCGGUGCCUCCCACCAGGCCGCCAACGCAGCCAGGGAGAGCUCAGAGCCCGUCUUCCCCAGCUCUGACCGUCCCUACGAGCCCGCCACGCCUGCCACCCCGGCCACCCCCGGGCCUCAGGAGCGUCCGCAGACGCUGGAGGACCAGAUUGAAAGCAUGGUGUUCUACGUCCGACCAUUUGGUCUCGAGACAACGACCAACAUGCGCGAUCUAGACCCUUCAGAUGUCGACCAGCUUGUCAGCAUCAAGGGUCUUGUCAUUCGGGCUACGCCGGUCAUUCCCGACAUGAGAGAUGCCUUUUUCCGGUGUAACGUCUGCAACCACUCGGUCAAUGUUGGGCUUGAGCGUGGUAGGAUUCGUGAGCCGACGGAGUGCCCUCGCCAGAUCUGUCUGGCCAAGAACUCGAUGCAGAUCAUCCACAACCGCUGCAUGUUUGCCGACAAGCAGGUCAUCAAGCUUCAGGAGACACCAGACGCCGUGCCCCCCGGCCAGACGCCCCACUCAGUCUCCGUCGUGGCCCACAGCGAGCUGGUCGAUUUCUGUAAGGCUGGUGACCGUGUCGAGAUCACGGGUAUCUUCCGUGUCAACCCUGUGCGGGUUAACCCGCACCAGCGUGCUCUCAAGAGCGUCCACAAGACGUAUGUCGACAUGGUGCACUGCAGGAAGGUCGACAACAAGCGCAUGGAUGCCGACCCCACGACGCUGGCCGUCGAUGGCGAGGAGCAGGCUGAUGAGCCUGGCCUCGAGCAGAUGCGCACCAUCAAGCCUGAAGACGAGGCGAAGAUCCGUGAAACGGCCGCGCGAGAGGACAUUUACGAUCUUCUGUCCCGGUCCCUGGCCCCUUCAAUCUACGAAAUGGACGACGUCAAGAAGGGGAUCCUGCUGCAACUCUUUGGUGGUGCCAACAAGACGUUUGAGAAGGGCGGCAGCCCCAGAUACAGAGGUGACAUCAACGUGCUCCUGUGCGGUGACCCGUCGACGUCCAAGUCACAGCUUCUGUCCUACAUCCACAAGAUUGCCCCCCGCGGCGUCUACACCAGCGGCAAGGGCUCCUCCGCCGUCGGCCUCACGGCGUACGUCACACGCGACCCCGAGACGCGGCAGCUGGUGCUCGAGUCUGGUGCGCUGGUGCUGUCUGACGGUGGCGUGUGCUGCAUCGACGAGUUUGACAAGAUGUCAGACUCGACGCGGUCCGUCCUGCACGAGGUCAUGGAGCAGCAGACAGUGUCGGUAGCCAAGGCGGGCAUCAUCACAACGCUCAACGCCAGGACCAGCAUCCUGGCGUCGGCCAACCCCAUCGGCAGUCGAUACAACCCGGAUCUGUCGGUGCCGCAGAACAUCGACCUGCCCCCGACGCUGCUGUCGCGUUUCGAUCUCAUCUACCUGAUCCUCGACCGGGUGGACGAGAAGACGGACAAGAGGCUUGCCAAGCACCUGCUGUCGCUGUACCUGGAGGACAAGCCCGACUCGGCGAAGACGAACGACGACAUCCUGCCCGUCGACUUCCUGACGCUGUACAUCUCGUACGCCAAGACCAAUAUCCACCCCGUCAUCUCGCAGGAGGCAGCGCAAGAGCUGGUAGACAACUACGUGGCAAUGCGCGCGCUAGGCCAGGACGUGCGCGCGGCGGAGACGCGCAUCACGGCGACGACGCGUCAGCUGGAGAGCAUGAUCCGUCUGUCGGAGGCGCACGCCAAGAUGCGGCUGUCGGAGACGGUGACGCGCGACGACGUGCGCGAGGCCAGCCGCCUGAUCCAGAGCGCACUCAAGACGGCCGCCACCGACGCCCAGGGCCGCAUCGACAUGAGCCUCCUGACCGAGGGCACCAGCGCCGCGGACCGCAAGCGCCAGGCCGAGAUCAAGGACGCCCUGCGCAGCUUGCUAGACGACAUGACGGCCAGCGGAAACACGGUCCGCUGGUCAGACGUCGCCAGGCGUCUAGGAGAGGGGGCCAGCGUCCCCGUCGAGCAGGCCGACUUCAACGAGGCCAUGCGCGCUCUCGAGGCGGAGAAUGCCAUCAUGAUUGCCGGCGACGGCGCGAGGAGAACCAUCAGAAGGGUCACAGCCAUUGCUUAG